GUCAAUUUUGGUGGCUGGUUGUUCUGGCUCCUCCCGCUUGUCUCCAUCAUUGACAAUUUUACCUCACUCCCUCCGUCAUCAUACUUCUCUCAUUUCGACUAGGAGGUUCAUCCCUAUUUUAUCUCAUCCCAGCUCUCCUUGGUUGUUGCCUUGGUCCCUGAACCACCUGAAACGUUGGCAUACUGUUGCUGGCGUCCCACACAAAGUCGCGGUCGGAUACAGGCGUCUUCGUUCCACAGCGUCGAUUUCUCCAAUAACUCUUAUUCUUGUCGUACCCCUGAGACUACGAAUCGCUCUUCCUGACCCAAAUUGCACUACCUAUCUGUUAGAUUCGAGAAUUGCACACGUUAGACGAGAGGAAAGUGGGAUAUUCUGGCUGAAGAGGGGGUAUCGAAUCCCAACAGACAUAAUGGCGACGACACCGCCGCCGUCAGAACUCAGAAUCCCUCCUACUCCUCGACAUGGGCCGGGUUACGAUUCAUAUGAACCAUAUGCCCCUCGUCACUCUGCUAGAUUAGCCAGUCAGCGUUCAAGAGAACGACGUUCGACUCCACCCCCCAGUCUUCCUAAUGAACAAGUCCGAGAGUUUCGCAAGGGCACAAGGAAGCAGGGAGACACUGAGGCUGGAGCAUUGUCUCCUUCUGAGUCAAUUCACGGUUCUCCGCGGAAGGACCAAUUAGGUCGACUAGGUGGCUGCGUCCCGACGAAUUCACUCGACAACGCACCCAGUCCGGUGAAUGAUAAUAAUAACCCUUCAGAUCCUUUCGACUCAGAAUCUACACACUUCAAACAGCCUUCUCUUCACGAAUUCCGUACUACUAUCACGAACGGAAUGUUGCCAACACCCGCCAAAACUCCUAGGAAAAAGGCAGUCGGUGAUGUUUCAGCCGCGUCGCGGACUCUCUUCCCAUCUAGCUCCACGACUGGGCGCAACAAGAAGGGCAAGAAGCCUUCUGCCUUCUCCUUGGACAGCUUCGGUGAUGAGCCAAGUGGAAGUCAGACCAAGAUUGAAAUAUACACCGAUUCCCGUGAUCGAAUCCCUGAAGUACAUGAACACGAAGGGAACCCAUUCUACAAGAAACCUGACGAGAAGACUGCAGCUGCAGCAACCCGGAAUUCUGCAGUUCGCCCUUCCAGGCGACAUAUGGUUGAAGAAGUGAAGCGCGACAAGGAAGUCGAAGAGGCUUUUGAACGGGAUGACGGCAUGAUCUACGUGUUUCGAGGUAGAAAAGUCUUUCGCAAGUUUCAAGAUGAUGCAUUUAAUGGCCAGAGUGACGAUGAUGACGACGACCUGGGCCUUCUAGCAGCUCAUCCCGAUCUUAUUGACCCGUCUAUCCCUACCAACGUUCGACCGUUGACCCGUUCAUCUAUCAAACCGCGCGUGCUCUUCCCUAGCGCCCGCAGCCGGGAAUCUAAGAACAACCACGCAAGUGAUGCCGACGAAGAGGCAGCUACCGACAUCGAGGAUCAUGUGCUCCCUCAGGAAGACUCAAGUGAGAAUAUUCAUCAAGAGGACGCCGAGGCUCCAGAGCAAUACGUGACGCCCCAUGCCAGAUCCACAGUAGCGACACCCGCAUCACCUGGGGCGACAACCCGCUCUUUACGCCCCCGACAGAAACACGAAGGCAGCAGCCAUCAUGAGACUCCUACGACUUCGCAGCCAAAGCGGAAGCAUGCCAGUCCAUUUGAUGGCUGGCUCAGAAAGAAGCAGGCUCCUACUGGUGCAGUAUCCAAGUCUAAAAAGAGGGAUGCAGGGACGGUGAGUAGCCCUGGUGGUCCUGCCACGAAGAAAUCUCGAGGAACUAGAGCCUCGGCCACAUCUGUCUUGGCUUGAGUUACCUUUCAUUUCAUCAUGACUGAGAUGAGCAAUGUCCGCACUACUUUCACACAGAUCUUUCCCUCAAAACCGCUGAUUGUUUAAACAUGGUUCUUAAUUCCAAGGCCUUUUGUGAAUCACUGACACUAAACUUCCAAUUCUACAAGUGCUAUUGCCUUGUCAUUCCCCUACUUUUCUUAUUAUCCAUCAUUUCAUGAUUGAUGAGUUUUUGCUAUAACCUUUCCUUCCAGAGUGUUUCCUUUCAUUAAUCUCUCUGUCCUGCUGAUUUAGUGCCUUUGAUACUGUUUUCCUUUCUUUUCCUUCCCUUUGUUGCAAUGGGCCUAUCAUGUUUCUAUGUGGAUCUGGGACUGAGUUUAUGGGUAUGGAUGGGCAAUUGGAGGAUUAUGGGCGUGUUUAACAUGGGGUUGGCUGUUUCCAGAACUUGUUUCUUUUCUUUCUUUGUUAAGCCACUCUCUCAGCCUUUCCAUGGCCCUGAUAGAUAGGUCUUAGUCUAGAUAUCCCGUGUGAAAAUUGAAAUUGAAAUUGAAAUUGAAAUUGAAGCAAAAGACA